CAAGCUUUCGUUUGGAAUCUAUGGCUUUUGGCUUGUUUGCCACGGAUUGGCCGUUCCAAAUGUUAACCUUUUGCGAGAUUAUCUGAGAUGGAAACAUUUGAGUUUGAUUAAUGUUUUCCAUUGCUUGGAACAGAGAGAUGAUCUGCUAUCGCUUGCUAGAAUUUUGGAAAAUUUGUUCCAACGACAGGUUCACUACCAUGACAUUUCCAGUUUUAAUGGCUCCAGCUGGAACCAUUUGCAUACAAUGCGGCACGAUUACAUCAAUGUGGGAUCAACGGUUGAUCUGAGUUGUCCAAAAGUUGGAACAUUUUUCGAUGUCAUUUCGGAAAUGGAAUAUUUCAAUGCAUCUCACAGUUGGUUGAUGUUUGGGGAGGGCUCUCUGGAGCCACUCUCCUGUUUGCUCGAUAAGCAGAAUUUUAAUGUAGAUGCCAAAGUAACAUUGGUGGCACCGGAUGAGGUGGAUCGAAAGCUAUACAAUGUUUACGAUGUUUAUAGUGUGAUGAGGAAGCGUGGGACCAAAUUGAAUAUAACGCUGAUGGGUUACUGGAAACUGGAAGAUGGGCUUCGAAUUGUUGUGAAUGAAACCGAAUACGAACGGCGAGUUGAUUUCGGGGGGAUUUGGUUGAAAGGUGUUGUAUCGGACCUCCAUCAAGCAAACCACACAAGUUUAGUGGAUCAUUUGCUUAGUCGAGACACAGUCACUGGUUAUGCGCUUCAUCGCUAUGGAUACAUCAUGUGGCAAUUUGUGAUGAAGAAACACAACUUUACACUGAAGUUAAUUCGAACACCAUCGUGGGGUAUGACGAAUACGGAUGGACAUUCUCACGAAGGAAUGAUUGGUCAGCUGGCAGCGCACGAAGUCGAUGUUUGCGUCAAUGCUUUGGCGUACAAAAAGGAACGGAUUGAGACGUUUGAUUACACCGUCACCGUUGGUAUGUCAAAGCGCCUAUUCGUGUUCCGACAUCCACGGUUCGGCCAGAGUCGAAAUGUGUUUCUGCAACCAUUCCGGGUGGAGCUUUGGAUGGCCCUCACGGCACUGAGCCUGCUUUCGGCCGCCCUCCUGUACGGAACUUGCUAUGCCGAAUCUCUACAGGCCCCCCACGACAAGGAAAUUCGCGACAAUCGUUCACAAUCGUUGCUGAACGUUUUGGGCAUUUUAUGUCAACAAGGAUUUCUGACAAGAACAUUGUUCAACUCUACUCGAAUCAACCUGUUCAGUAUGCUGCUGUUUUCGUUUUUGAUUUAUCAAUUUUACUCAACAUACAUCGUCGGAUACCUACUAAUAAUUCCGCCGAAAUUCAUGACCCUGUUGGAACAUCUUCUUCAAAGUAAUUUGAAAAUUCUGAUUGAGGACAUCGCCUACAAUAUUGACUAUCUCAAUAGGACAACUGAUCCCGUCGCUGUAGAACUCUACCAGAAGAAGAUAUUGAACGGAGAACGUAACUUCCUGAACGUGACGGAAGGAAUCGAGCGUAUCAAAGAGGGCGGAAGUGCGUUCCUGUUUGACACCGCCUACGGAUAUCCGCUGAUUUCACAGACAUUUACCGAUCACGAAAUAUGUGACCUGCAGGAGAUCUAUCUGUACCCAAUUCGGCCGGUUCAUCUGCCACUGGUAAAGGGUAGCCCCUUUAAGGAAAUGUUUCGGAUAACAAUGCGCAAGGUGGUCGAAACUUCCGUGGCUCAGUAUCAGCAGAAGUUUUUCUUCACCGAACGGCCCAAGUGCUCCCGUAGUGAUUUGGAAACGACGCCGGUCAUUCUGGAACACGUGGCAUCGCUUUUUUUGACGUUACUUUAUAGCAUUUUGGCCAGCGGGGCUAUUCUGAUGGCUGAAAUUGGAUUAAGGUUGGUAAAGAAGCGUUUCAAGGAGAUAUCUGUCAAAGUUGACUAA